GAUUCAGGAGGGGCGGGUUUUCAUCUACAGUUUUACGUCAUCUAGGAAGAUGGGUGAUAAGAGGUUUAAGGUCAUAAUCAAGUCACCUAGUGACAAAAUACCUAGUUUGACUGUGCAAUGCCUUUCUCACUGGCUGGCCAGUGACUUGAAAAACUACUUAUCAGAGCAUCAUCCCGCCCAACCUAGUGUAUCAUCUCAAAGACUUAUCCAUGCUGGUAAGCUUCUAAAAGAUGAUACAUCAAUCUCAGACAUUUGUAGUCAGGUCGAUGGGCUUCCUACAAUUCAUCUAGUAUACCCCAACCCAAGACCAGUGGGCGAUCCUAAUGUCAACAACCAACGAGGUGACAAUACUCUGUUUGAUAUUUCACCCGAGCAAAUGCAUAAAUAUCAGCAAGCGUAUUAUCAUUAUCUACAAACUUUUUAUAUGGAGAAUCCUCCAGUAAAUCGGACUGAGUACCGCACACAGGGUUACCGUUGCCCUAUCGAUUUUGGAUCAGGGACUGUGAUACAAAUGCUUCCCGGAAACUAUAGUUUCCCUAACAGUGCUUAUGUACCACAAACUCAUAGCUCUUCACACCAAGCAAUCCCAAACAGUUCAUCUAGCAACACGCAACAGUGGAUUCAAAGGGCACAGGCACUUUUAUCCGGUUGGGGAGUGUUUAAUGGUAAUCGUCGUCAGAGGGAAGCGGGUGAGGUAUUACCGAAUGAAGAUGGAGUUAACCAAAGAGCUGACCAAAUCCAACCUCAAGCAGCACAAGAAGUGUUUAAUAAUGCAAUACGAAAUAAUGAUCGACCCGAUGAAGAGGUUAACGGGGUGGGAAAUAUGGACAUAAUUGAUCGUUUUUACUUGCUUUUUCGACUUUGUCUUUUCGUGGGACUUUGUUUCGCAUAUUCAUCUUUGGACAAGGCACUUAUUGUAUUCUCAGUUGCUGCUUAUGUAUACCUGUAUAAUAUCUACCGCAGAUACGCUGUUGUAGAGCGUAUAGUACAGGCUCAACGACGACCACAACAAAAUCCGCAAGGUACACAAAGCAAUUUAAACACUCCAGCAAGUGAACAAUCAGAGAAUCAGCAAAGCCAGCUUGCUCAGGAGUCUACAGAUCAAGCAAACGUUAGCCUACGUGGUGAACAAGAAUCGAGAUUUACGAGGAUAACUACAAAUCUACGUUCGGCAGCAAAUCUUUCUUAUCAGUUCUUUUCAGCUCUGAUUUCCUCAAUUAUUCCAGAACAACCACCACCACUACAUCUAGACUAGAGUUCAUUAUCUUCUAACUUGAUUACUGAACGAUAUUUUAUUUAGUAUGUUAUACAAGAUAUAAUACUGACCCUAUAACCUCACUCCUUAUCUACUUUUUAUUUUUAAUUUAAUCCGAAAUUUGUCUUUUGUUUCACAAAGUGCCUUCAUUUUUAUGUCUGUACACACAACAUUGGGAAGCGAAAACGUAGCAACUUGUUGAAGGUUCUAUUCACAACAAAAAUCUAUCUAAAGUAUUUUUUGAGUACAAUGUUUUGCUAAUAUUAGUUAACCAGUAACCUAUUUAGGUUACCAAAAAUAUCUGAUAUGUCCAGUGAUUUGACGAUGCAUUUUUAUUGGUAGCUAAAUCAAGAGUACUCCAGCUCCACAAAACUGCACCCCCCCGUAGGCAACAUGAUUCAGUUUUGUGAAAGCCACACGUUCAGUGCUAAAGUACGUAUUCUAAAUGCUUUUCUGCUGUUUAAUAAAUGCCAUAUUUUGAUUGACUUGCUAAAUAGCAAACAAACUGCAUGAAGAUGAGUCAGGUACUAACGUAUGACAAGAAGUUACGUGUGGGUUGUGAGAAAGUAAUGUCGUGUUUAUGGUGUAAACGCUGAAGAAAUAUCAAUAGAAUUAGUAGUAUGAGUACAUCUAUUUUCUAAUAAAAACUACCCAACAUAUUUUAAACUGUUAUGUUUUAUAAGUAAUAUAUACAAAAUGAGAAAUUAUGGUAGGAAAAUUAUUCUUUACACGCAUGAUGAAAAUUGUCAGAAAAAUGUGCGUAUUCAACUUUUCUGUCCGAUUAAUUUAAUAUUCAUGAACGCUUCCGUAAUGUUUUCCUGUAAGUAUAACAGAAUUUAGGUAAGAUAUCAUUUCUACAGCACGGUGAUAUAAAAUAUAAGUAUUUUCAUUUAUUUAUUUGAACAAAUGAAUAUUGUCACAAUGAAAACCAGAUAUUGAAGACAGAAAAACGAAGUUGUCUAUAACAACAAAAACAAAUCCAAAUUACUGUAUGAAUGUGUGGAAAGUAAUAUGACAAACAUGAUAGUUACGAAAAUAAAACCAGUAAGGGUUCUUCCCACUAAAAAAACUUAGGUAAAGAAAGCUUUAUAAAAAACUGCCAGGCACUCGGUGUGGACCGACGUGCUCAUCUAUGCUUUUCCAUGGGAUGGUAGCUAGCAUUGAUAUUUAAUUGCAACAGAAGCUGCAACCAAUUUGCUGACGUCGAUCCAUUUGGAACGAUGAAUUUGUUAGCGUAUGAAACACAAGAUAAGAUUAGUGUAAACAAGGGCACGAUCAGAAUCCAGAUAGGCACUCCAAAAUGAGCGGCAUUCUUGUACACAACCACGCCAGCGAUAGUCGAUCGCGAUGUGAUCAACCUGAGUCCAGGCUUGAGAUGCAGAAGGAGAACUCCAAGUAGCACGUCGGCGAUGACUGCGCCGGCAGUGAGUGUUAUCCAGAAACAGGUUGUAGUCUACUCAAAGUUGCAGUAGUCAGUCAUCGUCCCUUCACCUGCGACCAACAAGCCCCCGUCGACCACCUAAACGACUCGCUUCUGUGCCUAGACGCCCGACCUAAGCAUUCAAGUUUCUGGCUAGUACUACAAUAUCUGUCAAACUCACUUCCUGUAAACGAACAGUUAACUGGUGAUAAAACGCAUCCUUGAUAGAAUCCGGGCUACAAUCUGUCGGAGCAUAAGUGGAGAUGACGAAAAGACAUUGUUUCUCACACCGACGUCUUCAUAAUUUGAUGGGACUUUCUAAUCUAACAGCACAUAACGGACUGAUAACGAGGAUUCAAUCCAUUAGUGAUACCUUAGCUUUAGUGGUUAGUGAGACAGCAAAGCCAGAUAAGGAUGCCGAAUAAUGAUGACGCAGUCGAGCUAUAUUGCUUGGAACUCAGUUUCCUUUAGGUCUUAUAAUGUCAUAAGUUAAGACUAAAAACAAACUGAAUGUCGGAGGGGGCAGUCGAAUGAAGAGAACUGUGCUACGCUCAGACAAGCAGCAUCUGCAGUGAUGUCUCUUCACUAUGAAAAGAAGGGGUUUGAAAAAGUCGAACCUAUAUGUUAUAAACACGGGUUUCUGAUUCCAGCGUUGGUUCAGCCUUCUGAAAUGCAGAGCUAACACACCAAGAACGUCUUAUGUGAAGGGCGUGAGGGAACAGCUGUGUCUACAACUCCGAGGUCAUGCUGACAGGUCGCCGAGACCAGCACUAACCCAGAUUUCGUUUCCGGUCCCUAAAAAAGAAAUAUCUUUCCACGAUAUGGGUGACCGGGAGAUGAAAACCGACGUCAUCCCGAGAUUGUUUUGUUCACGAUCAAAUCCUUACCUCAUUCUUAAUAAUUCUCGAGACUAACCCUUCUUGCGUGUCUAAAUUACACGGAUCUCUUAAUGUUUGAACUUUAUUCAAGAACAUUGUCCGGCGUGGCUAAAAAGAGGAGGCAACGGCUCAAUAAGUUCUAUAAUCGAACACCUUGUGAACACAGGUCACUCAAUCAAGACAGACUCUGCGUUCAAAGUCAUCAACAAGGUAAGUAGAAGCCUUCCUAAGACAAUUGGACUGCAUCUUCUUUGCAUUGCCGAGGCAAUAGCCAUACAUUUUGUAAAACCAGAAUUAUGUGUACAAAAGAGACUGGUACAACCUCUUCUUCUACCGUGGUCUUAAUGUAAUAAAAAAAUUUUCUCUUUCCUCAUACUCUUGUUCCCUUACAGCCACCUGCUUCACCUUCCAUCUUCCCUUCUAACCCCAACCGGUUUGUUUUUACUUCCACGAUCAUUCCGAUCACAUUUCAUCUCUGUUUCAACAUUUUAUUUUAUCAUGCUGAGCCAUCCUUACCCAAUGAAUACUUCAGUCAUUAACUAUCAAACGAUUAUUAAACUUUCCUUGUUUAGAAAUUUUUUUACCUUUGUUUAUUUAACCUCACUGUCACCAUGUAUAACAGAAGUUUAUUAUCAGUAUUAUUAUCACCCUGUAAAAAUAAGUAUAUAUAUUUGCGAUUGUACAGCUUUGAAAAUGAAUUCGCCGAAAAGAGAACUCUUCGCUGAAC